GCUCUCAGGUAACAGCUGCUAGAGAAGAAGAUCUUGUCCAAGCAGUUCUAAUUCCAUCCAUACAACAUAUAUUCCAUGGCGGACCAGGAUUUGAAGAAGGACGCGGUGGUGUGGAAGGGGCCCGAGAGUUUGAAGCAAGCCAUCUCGCUGCUCGAGGAAUUCAAGCUCCCGGGAGGGCUGCUGCCGCUGGAGGAGGUGAUCGAGGUGGGCUACGUCAAGGCGACGGGCUACAUGUGGAUCACCACCGCCAAGAAGAUCGAGCACAACUUCGCCAAGAUCAAGAAGCUGGUGAGUUAUUCCACCUCCAUCCAUGGCUUCCUGAGCGACAAGAAGAUCGCCAAGCUCCAGGGCGUCAAGGCCAAGGAGCUCCUCAUCUGGGCUCCCGUGGGGCAGAUCAUGGCCGACGCCGACGAUGCCGUCAAGAGCGUCCACUUCAAGAGCUUCGCGGGCAUCACCAAGACCUUCCCUACUGAAGCUUUUGCUCUUGGGGAGUGAUAAUCCAAAAGCCCACCAAGAUCACCAACAAAUUUCCAAAAAUCACGCGAAAACUGUAUCUUCGGCUCUUUCGAAUAUACCCAUAAACGUCUCGCAAAAUA